AAAAAGAAAAGAGGGGGGAAAUACCAAAGACAAGAAAUCCGAACCCCCCCGAUUCUGGCGACAAUUAAUUUAAGGGACGAGAAAGACGGGACGGAAUGGUAAAAUCGGAAUCGGAGUCCAAAUCGAGGGAGGGAGGAAGGAAGCAGGAUUAUCGAGAAAGUAAAAGGGGAUAACGAAUUAUCCUUCAACUAUUAUAAAUAUAACAAAGUUAUCCCUUUUUUCCCCAUUACACGGAAUCAACUUAACAAAGGUAAAUGGAACGACAACCCAGUCCAACUCUCUCUGCCUUAUCGAUUGUCGGUUAUCAAAUUGCAAAGAUGAUUAUUAUCGGCAUCAAGAAGCUUAUUAUUAUCCUCAUCAUCCACAAACCUUCUCUUCCUUAACAAAUUGCACAAAGCAUCGCUCUCCUUUCUCUCCAAUUUCGUCAUCAGAAUCAAAAUUAUGUCUUUCUAUUUCAAGAAACCUUGUGUUUAUUCGAAAAUGCACGAUUCUUUUGAUACUCAAUCGAAUCUUGUCCAAUCGAGCCGCCACUCCUCUGGAAAAUUUGCGCCUCCGGCAAUGGCGGCGAUGCAACCGGGGACUGUAUUCACGGUCGAAAACGGCGAUGCUGGAUUUUGGAACCCUAGCUUGAAUUCAUCGAUCAGGCAUCAUUUGCAAAGGGAAUCUGAUAGAAAAGCCAAAAUUAAAGAGAAUAAUUUGUCGAUAGAUCCAGAGCUCACGGAACUUCAAACGAGGUCACAGUUACAAGAAGAGGAAAUUAUGAUGCUUCGUGAACAAAUUGUUGAUGCAUGUGAACAAGAGCUACAGCUUUUGAAGGAAAAACAUGUGUUAGAGAGGCGGCUAUUUGAUUUACGAAUGGCACUUGAUGAAAAACGGGAAGAUGCCAUAGAGGAUGUUUUGAAGGACCUCAGCCACAGAAAAGUUUGUAUCCAAAAAAACAUAAGGCUGGCACAUCAUUUACAAGUAUGUUAUUUUGACAACAAACAUUAGCAAAAUACAGCCUAUACAUAUGACCUAGGAUUUCAUGUGCCUCUUAUCUAUAGGUAUGGGGAUGAGAGAACCAAGGCAAGAGCAAUGCUUUGUGACAUAUAUCAUCAUGCUAUCUUUGAUGAGUUCUCAACUGCAUGCGACCUUUUGUUGAUGAGUCAUUUGUAAGAAGAGAUUCAACUCAUGGACAUAUCCUCUUAGUUUCUAUUUAACAGGGCAAUGGCACAGUUUAGUUUAUGUUCCUUGAGGACAGGUCUUAUUGCUAAAGCGCAUGGGUGCCUGUCUAAACUUUAUACAGGUGGUAGGGUGAAGAAGCUGCUUGCGCAAGGUGUAUCUCAUAAUCGGUAUCAUAAAAAAACUCUUGAGCAAGUAUGUGCCAUAUUUAUUGCUAAUUUUUUUCAUCCAUGCUAAUAUAACUGAUUUAUCAUAACAACGCCUCUUCCUUAGUAAUGAUCAUUUGCAUAUCAUUUUAAAUCUAUCAUAUUGAACUGAACGAGAUUUUCUUUUUCCAAUUAGAUUGUCCACAUAUGGAAAAGUUUUUUUGCUUAUUGAGACCACAUUAAUUUCAUGCAUAUUAUGUUAUGCUGUGAUGCAAAUGUGCUGCUAUGCAAACAUGCUUGUGUUUGUACAUACUUGUCAGUUAAUUGUCAUUCCAAGUUAUUAUCUUACCGUAGUUGUUUGUGUGUCAACUCAACAAAUUGUAUUGACAUGAAAUAGUUCAAGUAGAUAUUCUACUUAAGGGGCAAAUGUUCCCUUUGAUUUCUUAUUCACACUAUAUUCACAGUAAAGUAUGUGUGGAUAGAUAUUAUAUAGCCAUUUUAGGUUUGCUUAUGAGAUAUAUGUAUUAUCAUAUGCUAUUUCUAAUUCACUUUUCUGGUUUAUUUUCUUUGAUUGCUUGAUUGAUUAUUUGAGCUUUGCCAAACGACCUGCUGGGAUGUUACUAGGGACAAUAUAUAUUCAUCUGGGUGGUUUCGUUGAUAAUUUCCAAGUUGUUUGUUUCAUAGAUUUCUCCCGCUACAAUGCAAAUCACUGUGGAGCUUGGAGUCAUUAGGAAAGACUAGCUGAACAAGUUCUAUUUCAUAUUAAGGGCUCAUAGGAUUGUUCUUGAAGCGAAUUUGUCGAUUCAAGUUAUUAUGGAGAAGUUUCAGUCUUAUAAAGCUCGGAUUGUGCUCAAUU